GAUCAGUUAUGUAGCUGUUAUGCAGUCGGUCGUCACAUCCAUGUUCUAAUCUAACCUCUCUUCGUGUAUAUAUACAUUCAGCAUGGCUUCCCUGAAAUCAGCGCUGGCUUAUUCCAGCAGGGUGCUGACGACGCUUAAAAAACAGACACAUGUCGUUUACAUGAAGAGGACUCUCCUUCUGUCCAGACUGCCACUCUCCAAACGUGCAGACGGCAGGCUGGUUCCCCUCGGGCGGCUGUCCAGCUCCACAGCAGCCAGAGCAGAAAAAGGAGAAGACUCUUUCCUCAAAUGGUUCCUGCUGCUCAUCCCUGCCACCACCUUUGGCCUCGGCACAUGGCAGGUGAAACGGCGUCAGUGGAAAAUACAGCUGAUCAAUGAGCUGACAAGACUCACUACUGCAGAGCCCAUUCCUCUUCCUCUUGAUCCGCAUGAGCUGAAGAGCCUAGAGUACAGGAGGGUGAGAGUUCGUGGAAGGUACGACCACUCGCAGGAGCUGUAUAUUCUGCCCCGCUCACCGGUUGACCCUCAGAAAGAGGCCCGAGAGGCAGGCAGCCUGUCUUCAAGCGGAGAGACCGGCGCAAAUGUCAUCACUCCAUUCCACUGUACCGACCUCGGCAUCACAAUCCUGGUGAACAGAGGAUACGUCCCAAGACAGAAGAUAAGACCGGAGACCAGGAUGAAGGGACAGGUGGAAGAUGAGGUGGAGGUGGUCGGGGUAGUUCGGCUGACAGAGACCCGUAAACCCUUUGUACCAAACAAUGAUGUGGAGAGAAACCACUGGCAUUACCGGGACCUGGAGGCCAUGUCCAGUCUCACUGGAGCUGAGCCAGUCUUCAUUGAUGCUGACUUUGCCAGCACCAUUCCUGGUGGACCAAUAGGUGGGCAGACCAGGGUCACACUGAGGAAUGAACACAUGCAGUACAUAAUGACAUGGUAUGGUUUAUGUGCAGCUACCUCCUACAUGUGGUUUGCAAAGUUCAUCAAGAAGAUUUAAGUGUGAUUUAAAUGCAAUGAAAAUGUUCAACUACACAAAACUUUGAACUUCUGCAAAACUCUGAUGCACUUGAUUUGUAUUGUAUCAGCUCCAGCCUGCUGCAUACUUUCAAAUAUGUAAAUAACUGGAUUAUUCUCCUGAGACAUGUAUUUGAGAAUAAAAUUCAAUUAAACUUUUGCG